AUGGUCCGUAAUGAUACUCCAGAUUCUGCAACGUAUGAAGGAGAAGAUACACUUACCCAACUGUUAGGACCUGAUAAUCCUGGCAGAAUGAGGGUCAUAGGUAGGAACAUGAGUAAGACGAAAUUAGCUGCUUUCAAAGUGAAACACAAGUGUAUGACUGAGAUGCAAGAGAAACAGUUUCAUCUCCUGCAUAAGGAACCAGAAGUUGGUGAAAAUUCGGCUGCAAAAAGUGUCAACAAAAGAUCACAACCCAAGUGUGUUCUAGUUGACUGGGCUGGAACUGAUGAAAACGUUGCCGAGGGAAGAAUUAUUUCCUCUGAACCUGAUGACUUGGUGUCUGACACUCGUUUAGGCCCCACGGAUGUGAAACCUGCCUCUAAAUGUGUUGAUCUAGAACUGGUGACAGGAGCAGAAGACAUUACACCACUGGGCCAAAGAGCGAGUUCAGUAAACAAAUGCAAACUACUUGAUUUGUCUUUAGAUAAUGUUGUUGUUGCUGAAGGACGCUGGCAGACAGAAGAACCAAAAGCGUUGGUUAAUGGUCUACCUCUUGGACCAAAAGCUGUUAAAGUCUUCAUUGAUCAAGUGCAUCAGCCUGAGACAUUUAUAUGGAGGCCUACGAUAGAAACGACAAAUAUUGAGGACUGUCUACUGUCUUUUGUAGCAUGGCCUGCCAGCAAAGUUGUCUUCGAGAACUCAAGAGAUGGAACAAGGCAUAAAUCUCCUUUUCAAAACUCUGUUUUAAGUGAUCAAGCUUUAGGAGGUAAAUCAGUGAGCAGUGCUUCAGGUUCUAUGGAGAAAUCGUUUAAAUCUGAUGCAACUGGUUCAAAGUCAGCAGCCAGAGUUUCAAAAUCAGCUAGUCAGAAGUCUCCAAAAACAUAUCCGCUUCAACAGGGAGCAGAGGUUAUCAAAGAAAAUCAGAAGUGCAAGCUAAUGGAUAUUGGUGGAAGGAAGCUUGUUGUUGCUGAAGGUCGUGUGCAUUCGAUCAACCCAGAUCAAAUGGUACACUUUGUUAGAUUGGGGUCUGAUGCAGCAAGAGUUUGGGUAGACAUAGUCAAAGUCGAUGAUGCAGCGGUUUGGAAGCCAUCAGAUGAAAUAGAAACUCUGAAAGAUGCACACGGUUCAUCAAUCGCAUGGCCGAUGGAUAAAUUGGUCAUCUUUUGA